AAGAAACUGAAAUUAUGGAUUCAGAAAGUACACAUACUGAUGAAUUCAGAUAUCAUGAUGGCAGAAGAUAUCAUAAUGUAAAAGAUGCCGUAUAUCCUUUGCCAAAUGAUGAAGAUGAGCAAGAUAGGCAACAUCUUCAACAUUUCUUGAUGAGAUAUCUUUGGCAAAGCAAUUUUUCUGCACCCAUCAACCAUAUCUUGGCUAAACCAGGUGCCAAAAUCCUAGACAUCGGGUGUGGUGCAGGGUCGUGGUCAUUUGAUAUGGCAACAACGUACCCAACGAGUAAUGUUUUUGGUUUAGAUAUAUCACCACAUCAACCGACGCAAAUAGAGCCUGAGAAUUUCAAAUACGUUAAAGCAAAUGUCUUAGAAGGAAUACCAUUCGAAGAUAAUAUUUUUGAUUUGGUAUAUCAACGAUUUUUGUCUUAUGCAUAUACUAAAGAUAAUUGGGAAUAUGUAAUGAAUGAGAUUGUUAGAGUUUUAAAACCAGGUGGAUUCUUAGAGGCAUGUUUAUUUUUAAAAUUUAAUCUAAAUUUAUUUAUUAAUAUCUUAAAUAAUUAUAUCAAUAUUUUUUUCAAAAAGAUGAUGGAACCUUCUCCACAUCUUUUUGAUGCUGGGCCAGUUACUCAACGUUUAAUGGGAGUUCAAUCAACGCUCAUGACACAACGAGGCGUGGACCUGGAUUUAUAUCAAAAUUUAGAGAAACUUCCACAAAAUCAAGGUCAGUUAGAAAAUAUUGAAAAAGAAGUAAAAAUAAUCCGUCAUGGUGUAAAGUCUAAUGAUAUCCAACUUAAUAAAGUGGGUAUUGAUAAUCUCAUUUCUAUUAUGGCUGGCAUGAAAUCCCAUACAACGAGAAUAUUGCAAAUUUUUGAUGAUGAAUUUGAUGAGAUGCUUAAAGCAGCAGAAAAAGAACUAUACGAAUCAGAUUUUUAUUAUUAUUUGGUUCGUGUUUAUGCAUGCAAAGUUGUUUCUGAUAAUAAUCAAUAA